CUGCUACCCUAGACGCAUUUCCACUCAAAUAUUCCUUAUUUGGCAUGUUAUCGCUUCAGUCGGAUGAUUCAUUCAUUUGCCUUGGACUCCUACGUAAUCGAAAUUACAAAUUGCCAUGUGCGUCGUAACGGCACCGGCCCUUAUCUCCGUGCGCCGGUUUAUUUACCUGUUAUCCCCAUUGAGGCAUAUUGGAUGGUGCCUCCAUACCAAUUGAGAGCUAAUCCUGCCAGCUGCGAUUUUCACCAUGGACAGUUUGCCGCAUCUCCCAAAUGGUUCUGCCCGGUCGGAUAACGAAGUCUUAAAGUUCGCUAAACUGUCCGGACACGCGAUCACUCCUACUCGGGGCUCGGCCCUGGCGGCUGGCUACGAUUUGUACGCGGCUCAAGAGGUUGUUAUUCCCGCAAAAGGUCGGGGCCUAGUUAGAACGGAUAUUCAGAUUUCCCUCCCAGAUGGAUGUUAUGGUCGUAUCGCCCCAAGAAGUGGAUUGGCAUUGAAGCAUGGCAUCGACGUUGGCGCCGGUGUUAUCGAUCAGGAUUAUCGGGGCAAUGUGGGUAUAUUACUGUUCAAUUUUGGUGAUGUUGACUUUUUGGUGAAGGAGGGUGAUCGUGUAGCACAACUUAUUUGCGAACGGAUCUUCGUACCCGAGCUUGUGAUGUGUGACUUGCUGACUGACACCGUCCGUGGUUCCAAUGGAUACGGCUCCACUGGUGUCUAAUUUUUCCGCACCACUCUGUUUUGCUCAUGUGUCCAGAUAUACUAUAUUUUAUACACAAGACA